ACUGUUUUUUUGUUGCUUUGUACUUCUUCCAGAGGUUACCCUGAAGGUCCACGUCAGUGAUGCCAGCACCCAUCAGCCCAUCCCAGAUGCCCUCAUUGAGAUUUUCACCAACCAGGUCUCCGUCGCCUCUGGCACCUCGGGGACAGAUGGCAUUGCCUUCAUCAAAUUCCAGUAUAAGCUGGGCAGUCAGCUGAUUGUCACCGCCACGAAGCACGCCUACGUACCAAACUCUGCCCCGUGGAAGCCAAUCCGGCUACCCGUAUUUUCUUCACUGAGCCUUGGCCUGCUUCCAGAAAGAUCUGCCACCCUGAUGGUAUAUGAAGAUGUUGUCCAGAUAGUCUCAGGAUUCCAAGCUGUGGAAAAAUUCAAAGAAGUUAACACGCAGCUGCUGCUCUUAAAAGAGGUAUAUGAAGGUGCCAGGCCACAGCCUCGUGUGCAUUUCCAGAGACCGGCCCUGCGGCUGCCUGAGAACACCAGCUACAGUGACCUGACUGCCUUUCUCACGGCCGCCAGCUCUCCCUCAGAGGUGGACGGGUUUCCUUAUUUGCGAGGAUUAGAUGGAAACGGAACAGGAAACAGCACCAGGUACGACCUGACGCCGGUCACAGCUGUCAGCGUCCACUUGCUCAGCAGUGAUGGAACGCCGGUGCUGGUGGAUGGCCCCAUUUAUGUCACCGUGCCCCUGGCCACACAGAGCAAUCUGAGGCACAAUGCCUAUGUCACAGCAUGGCGGUUUGACCAGAAGCUGGGAACGUGGUUGAAGAGUGGUCUCGGCCUUGUGCACCAGGAAGACAGCCAGCUGACGUGGACGUACAUUGCCCCGCAGCUGGGGUACUGGGUGGCAGCCAUGUCUCCUCCCAGUCCAGGUCCCGUUGUCACACAGGACAUCACCACGUAUCACACGGUGUUUCUUUUGGCCAUCUUGGGAGGAAUGGCUUUCAUACUUUUGGUUUUGCUGUGUCUCCUUUUGUACUAUUGCAGACGGAAGUGCCUGAAGCCCCGCCAGCACCCCAGAAAACUGCAACUCCCUGCCACCCUGGAGAGCUCCAAAAGAGACCAGUCAACUUCCAUGUCACACAUCAACCUGCUGUUUUCUCGUCGGGAGUCAGAAUUCCCCGGGCCACUCUCUGUCACCAGUCAGGGCCGCCCGGACGUCCCAGGCUCAAAGGAGCUGAUGGGCGGAGUCCAUUUAGAAGUGAUGUCUUCCAGCGGGGAAGCGGACAUGCAUACGCCCAUGCUGAAGCUCUCCUACAGCACCUCACAGGAAUUCAGCUCUCGGGAGGAACUCCUGUCCCACAAGGAGGAGGAUAAAAGCCAAAUCUCCUUUGAUAACCUGACACCGAGCGGGACGUUGGGAAAAGAUUACCAUAAGUCAGUGGAGAUUUUCCCCUUAAAGCCCAGGAAAUCGAUGGAAAGGGAAGGCUAUGAGUCCCCUGGCGGCAGUGACUACAGGAGGAGUUACAACGCCAUGCUCUCACAGCCCUUAUUUGAAAAGCAAGACAGAGACGGUCAGGCCUCCGUAAACCAUAUUUCCACAGGAAGUAAGCUCACCAUUCAGGAACAUAAGUACCCUACGCCUUCAUCUCCGGAGAAAGAGCAGCUGCUGGAUCGCAGACCUGCUGAAUGUAUGAUGUCGCGCUCAGUGGACCACCUGGAAAGACCUACCUCUUUCCCGCGGCCCGGCCAGCUGAUCUGCUGUAGUUCUGUGGAUCAGGUCAAUGACAGCGUUUACAGGAAAGUUCUACCUGCCUUGGUCAUCCCAGCUCAUUACAUGAAACUCCCAGGGGACCACUCCUACGUAGGCCAGCCCCUGGUCGUUCCAUCUGACCAGCAGCUCGAGAUAGAAAGACUGCAGGCUGAGCUCUCCAGUCCUCACGCAGGGAUCUUCCCACACCCCUCCUCUCAGACCCAAGCCCAGCCCUUGUCUUGCCAGGCGAUCUCACAGCAGCACUUGCAGGACGCCGGCGCCCGGGAGUGGGCCCCGCAGAAUGCGUCCAUGUCGGAGUCCCUCUCCAUCCCAGCGUCCCUGAAUGACGCAGCCUUGGCUCAGAUGAACAGUGAGGUCCAGCUUCUGACCGAAAAGGCACUGUUGGAACUGGGGGGUGGGAAGCCCCUCCCUCACCCCAGGGCGUGGUUCGUCUCCCUGGAUGGUAGGUCCAACGCACAUGUCAGACAUUCCUACAUUGAUCUCCAAAGAGCUGGGAGGAACGGAAGUAAUGAUGCCAGUCUGGAUUCUGGCGUGGAUAUGAAUGAACCAAAAUCUGCCCGGAAGGGAAGAGGAGACCCCUUAUCUCUGCCGCAGAGCCACCCACCGGUCCAGGAGCAUCCGCAGAAAGAGCCAAGGGCCGCAGAGAGCUCCACCUACACGCAGCUCAUGUACCUGGAUGACAUGGACCAGAGCGGCAGUGAGUGUGGCACCACGGUCGGGACCCCUGAGGACAGUGCCCUGCGGUGCCUGCUGGACAGCUCUGGCCGGAGAAGUGGCGGCCAGCUGCCCAGCCUGCAGGAGGAGACAACAAAACGAACUUCCGAUGUCCCCCUGGAGCCGACAGCCAGUCCUGACCAGAGGCGAUCUGCUCAGGAGGACGAGGAAGAUGAAGAGGACGACGAUGACCAAGGGGAAGACAAGAAGAGCCCAUGGCAGAGACGGGAGGAGAGGCCCCUGAUGGCGUUCAACAUCAAAUGAGUGACCACAGAGCCACCCCCCAGGGGAAUAUGAUACAGUUGCCAAAAAUUCUUUCUUACAGAAGCGCUUACCUGUUUGUGAAGGAAGAUGAACCUCUCCCGCUAAGGGAAGUGGACGUUUUUUCUGCAUUACCGUUGGCUGUGUAAGUGUUAGAGAGGAAGUAAAGGUCUUACUCAGAAGAAAAGGUGAUGUUAACGGAUGCCUCACCUCCAGGGAGAUGGCUGACCUCAGUGUCUGAAUGUCAAUGUCGUCCCACGUACCUGCUGUGUCCACCCCCGAGGACACCAAAACAUCACAUGUGAUGUCGCUAGGUUCCGCUGAUAACCUCAGUUCUCCCCCAGAUUCUGGGAACAGAUGAAACUCUUUUCAUUGCUUGAAUCCAUUUUAUCACAAUAAUGCUCCUGUGAAGUUAUUACUGAGAAACUAGCUUGGCACUUAGUGUCUCGAGGUAUGCAUCAUCUCCAAGGGAAACUAUGCAUCGCUGCCUCUUGGUCUUACUUUGCUUAGAUUUUUGCUUUGGUUAGGUUUCAUUUCUGGUUUGCUUAAAACACACACACACACGCAAUUUGGUUGUAAGGAUUUUAUUCCUUCAUUUUCAUCUGUUCUGCUUCUCAGUGGUUUAUUUCGGUAUCUGCUUUCAGGAACUCCUGAGUGUCAUCUCAUAAUAUCCAAGCCUUUGAAUGAAAUAGUACUGAAGUUUUUAUCAGCUGCCAGUCCUUCAAUCCUGGUCCCAUUAACUCCAAGUGCCUUUUUUACAGUGACAACAGACAGUCCCUUAUUUUGCUUUUUUUCGUUGUUGUUUUUCUUAAUUUCUUUCAUUGAACAGCCUGGAUUUUAUAAAGCUAUUAAACGAUACCCCUUUUCUUUAAACUGCAUGCUGCCAAGUGCCCAUUUGUGCUCAGAAUUCUCAUUUCAACUCUGUGUACUCUCUCGUUCUCACGUGUGACGUGGAUUCUGUUUAGCGGAGAUAGACUAGAGGACGCUUUAGCAAUCCCCUCCCCUGUGCCACCCCUUUGGCCACUAGCCACCAUUAUGGUUUUCUUGGCUGUUUGUAUAUAUGGUUACGUAUUAACUCUGGAAUCCUAUGGGCUGAUCUUGCUCGCCAAACAUGGAGUAUGGGCUGAGCAAGUAGACUGAAUGUGACUAUUAAAAAAAAUCUUAUGUACUAUCCAAAAGUGCCAGAAUGACUCUUCUGUGCAUUCUCCUUGAAGAGCUGCUUGGUUAUCCAAAAAUGAAAACUCAGAAUAAACUCUGAUUUAAAAAAAAAA